UCUUCAUCAACAAUUUUCACAAACACAAAUUCACAAUCAACAAAACAAAACAAAAAAAAACAAAGAGUUUCUCCGAAUUUUUUCCUAAUUAAAAAAGAUGAGUUCAACAAGCAAAGCAUGGUUAGUAGCUGCAAGCAUCGGAGCCGUUGAAGCGUCCAAGGACCAAUUAGGCAUGUGUCGCUGGAACUACUUGAUCCGAUCAGUGAAUCAACGUAUCCGUAACAACGUGAGAUCCGCUUCUCAGGCCAACAGAUUCUCUUCUUCAACCGUCGUCGCGUCCGUUAAGGACGAUAACAAGGCAAAGCAGGCUGAGGAGUCACUUAGGACGGUCAUGUACUUGAGCUGUUGGGGUCCUAACAAAAUGGAUAAUCGACCUUAACUAAUUGUUUUUGGGAUGCAUUUGUAGUAUAAUGAUGAUACUUCGUACAUGAUGUAUAUAGAUAAUGAAUUUUGGGAUGCAAUAAAAAAUUUUGUUGUCGCAAAAAAA